UAUACUGGGGAUGGAACCAGACAGAGAGCUCGUGUACCAUGCAUGGCAGCCACUGCACGGCCAAGGAAAAGAUUGCUUACCCGUUGAUGGGUUCGAGGGUGCUACCGGUACGAGCACGGCAAAACUAGGAGCAAUGUCCGACAAACUUUUCCUAGGUUUGGCCCAUAUGCGUACCGUAUUUGGCAUUUUGGCUAGCCACCUUAUGUAAAUUAUUAUUUUAAGGUGGGCACCAUAGUCUGUAUUAGUGAUCAAACGGGAUUCAAAGAUGUGAAGAACAUCAUAGUUUCUCCAGUAUUUAAGAUCUAAAUCGUACAAUCAUAUGAACGAUACGCGUAGUAAUUGCUCUCUAUUAGCUAAAUAGUCCGCAACUUGGUUUCCUUCCCUCUGAAAUGGUGGGUAUUUGAGUGCUUGAAUGUGCUCAGACUUUGAGAAAGGUAAUCAUGGUACUACAAUCAAACCUCAAAUGAAAAGUUGCAUAAUUCAAAAGGUGUUUCAUGGUUGUGGGAUGCAUCCCUCAAAGGAAAACCAAUUCGUGGGUUUAAAGUUUGUAGAAGUAUAUUAUGCAUUGUGUUUGGAUCAACUCUCAAUGUUGAGAGUUAUAAGAAUUCGAAUACACAAAAUAUAUUAUCAAAUUCGCUAGUUCUAAUAACAGAAAUUGUUGUGAGAAAUACGGUAACUUUCCGCUACUGGAAUUUCAGCUAAUACAUCAGUGCUAGGCAGGUCAUCCAGAGCCACAGCUGCGAAUCAAUCAAAGUCUAACAGUAACAGGCAAACAGAGAUCGGCAUUUCAAUGGCAUCCACAUGACUGACAGCCCACAAAAUGGAUCAUUUAACUGGAGAGUCCAUCCUAACAAAUCGACAAAUCCAGAAUUUAGUGAGCCUAAAACCACAAACCGCUGCCUCCUAUCAAUUAAGUCCCGCCAAAACCACAAAGCAGCACAAUUUCAUGUGGCAUUGAUUCCCCCAUCUAUCACCCUUCCUCGCCACACAGCCCAAAUUCCCCCCACCACCAUUUUGUCCACUCCCCAGCUCAGAUCGAUAAUGAUAACCUUAGCCACACAAUUCCUCCCCCAACCCAAAUCCAGUUUUUGUCCCCUUUCAAAACCCACUCUGCUUAAUCGCCUUCUUCAUAAUCCCCUGUUUCCCUCCACCCAUUCUUGGCAACUGAAUCCCCUGUAAAACCCAACAUCCACAAUGGGCUGCGCCUCCUCCAAACGAAUUGAGGCCACCGUCGACAUUUAUCGCCCCCCACCCUCCAGCUUCUCCGUCUUCGAUAUCACCUCCGUCCAGGAGCCCUGGCUCUCCUCCGCCGACGAUCAGCAGCCCGAAUUCGAGAAACCAGCCGGCAACAACGUGAAUGCCCCCAACCCUCUGCUCGAUAAGCUCCAGAAAUUCGAAUCCCCUGACGCCGCUCCUCGUUCCUGGGACGAGGUCAGCAAAGCCCUAGAAGACCUCAAGCCCGCAAUCAAACCCAAACCCAUCUCCGCCGCCGUCAAUCCUCCACCCCCUAAACCCCCCACUCCCGCCGCCGCAGAGAAGAAGCCGUCCGCCCAGCGGCGGAGCUUCUCGUUUCACACCCUGGAGGAACUCGACUCCAAACUCUCCGCACCCAAACCGUCGAUGAGAAAAUCCGAAUCCGCCCGAAACGUCAAUCUCGUGAAAAUCGUAACCGGGGCAGAUUCGAGACUCGCAGCCGUUAAAGCCGCCGAAUCGACGCCUUCGACGGCGGCGGCGGUGGUCAUCAAGCCGGUGAGGGAGAACAUCUUCAUACUGCGCGACAAGAUGGAGCGAGAGAAGGAAGGGAAAUCGGUUCCCGUGAUAAAGCGGGACCCACUCAGCGAUUUCCCCGAGCUGUGCCCGCCGGGAGGAAACGACUCAGUAGUUGUCUACACGACGUCGUUGAGGGGCAUCCGAAAAACGUUCGACGACUGUACGCGCGUGGCGAACCUGAUGGAGCUGCAGCGCGUGACGACGGACGAGCGCGACGUGUCGCUCCACGGUGGGUUCCUGAACGAGUUGAAGGAACUGCUAGGGGAAUCGUCGGCGGGUUUGACCCUGCCGAGGGUAUUUAUUAAAGGGCGGUACGUCGGAGGAGUGGAGGAAGUGGAGGCUCUGAACGAGUCGGGGAAACUCGGGAGGAUACUGAGUUGGGCACGUGUGGAGAGAGGCGCCGGGAGGCAAGCGUGUGAAGGGUGCGGCGGGGCGAGGUUCGUGCCGUGCUUGGACUGCGGUGGGAGCUGCAAGGUUGUGGUGGACGGAGUGAAAAAGGAGCGGUGCGGGAAGUGUAAUGAGAAUGGGCUUGUUCAUUGCCCGGCCUGCGGCUAGAUGUUGUUGGGCUUCUGUUUGGGCCUAAUUGUAUAUGGGCUCGGUGUUCAGUUUGUACUUGAGACUUUUGGGUUUAGGCCCGAUUAUAUGGUUUGUCAUUAUAGUUUUCUUUUUUACAUUUCAGUUCGAGUGCGAAUAUUUGAACAAAGAAAGAGAAAAAAACAAAACAAAAAGAAGAAAGGUAGUAAAGGGACAUUAAAAUGUAAAUUAGAAAGUGCGGUUAUAAUUUCAAUUUUAAUUUUCUGUAGUUUCAUGAGAAAUGUAAAGUUGGCGCGCAUUAUAGUGGCGUCGUGAUGCCCAUGAAUGUCAAUGGCGUGAUUCGUUGUUCACAUUGCUUUUAUGACGACAAUUUUAUCUUUUGACAAAAAGUAUGUUUUCCGUCAAGGAAACCAGUUUGAACUCAAUUAAUUCACUUUUACUUCUUAAAUAACGACAAUCAACACGGUUCAUUUUUCUCCGAACAAUAUUCGAACAAGGGUGUUUGAUGUUUUUGAUGGCUGAUAAAACUAAAUUAAAUUACUCCUACUCCUAUGGAGGUUCAGCGAGAGCUCCAAAAACUAAGACUAUGGCUAAUUUGCAGAGAAAAGAUAAAAGUUUGACAUAGCGUGUCAAAUGGUUGGUUGUGGAACCCUUGCUUCGUCUUCGUUUCUCUUAUUUAUAGUCAUCCCUUGUAACCACCAUGUAAUUGCCUCUCGUAACCGUUGUCUCUCAUGCUUGGUAGGGGUGGGCAUACGGUCGAAUAUAAACCGAACCGAACCCGAAUUAAUGUUAUUCGGUUCGGAAUUCGGAAGAGAAAAGGGCAUAUUUCGGAAACCAGGGUCCUUUCGACCGAACCGAAUUUCCGAAUUCCGAACCGAAAAACCGAAUUAUUAUAAUAGCAAGCUCUAAAUGGUGGAUUUUUAUGUUUCUACUUAUUAUGAGACUUAAAUAUUUGAAUUAUGUUAGUGUUUUAUGACUUAUGUGUUGAAAUGUUUGAUUUUAUCAUUGAUGAUACAUAUUUAUUAUUUACAUUAGGGCGAAAAACAAUUUAAAAAAUAGAAAAUACAAGCUAACCUCACUAUUUCGGUUUUGUAUGAAAAACCGAACCGAACCGAAUUAUAAUUCGGUUUGAGGUUUGAUAGAAUUCGGGGACCCGGUAUGCAUAAUUUCGGUUCGGUUUGAACCGAACCGACCGAAUGCCCACCCCUAAUGCUUGGUAACUUGAUGUAGCCUGCUUGACACCUUAACCGCCUUGCUUGCAUGCAUAUCCCUCGAUACCUCGAUAGCUUGAUGACUUCACUUGGCAGGUAGGUACCUUGUGACGUGGAGGUAUCUCGCUUGACUUCAUCUUGACGUUGGAUGCCUUAUGCAAACAACCCUUGCACGAGGGUUGAUGGAUGCACACUGACCCCCUUGGGGUGGCAUCAUGCUCGCAGGGUCAUGACAAGAUGGUCUACUAUAUGAUGAUAAUGACCUUGUAUACUAUGUACCAUGCAUAACUACCCAUGAGACAUAUCAUGCUUGCUACUUGUGAUGAUGUCCUUGAACGACAUCAUGCUUGACACCCUAGCACACGGUAGAUAGUCAGCCAUGGUGCUUGGUGCUUGACCCCCCUUGCAUGAAUCAUGAUUGACCCCUCUUGCAUGACAUCACGCUAGACCCCCCUUGGAUUAUGUCAUGCUUUACACCCCUUGUGAUUGAGUCUCAACACUUAGAGUCAAAUUUUUCCUUCUUCCCUUGCCACGUCGGGAGGUAGUUGAUAUAGCCCUCCUUGCACGACAUCAUGUUUGAUACCCGAGUGCAAGGUAUGUAGGCGGCCAUGGUACUUGGUGCUUGAUCCCCCUUGCAUGACAUCAUAUUUGACCCCCCAUGUGAUGAUGUCAUGCUUGACCCCCUUGUGGUUGGGUCUCAACUCUCAACACUUAUCCAAAUUUCCCUUUUUUUGUCGCCAGACAUUCAUAUGCUUGGUGGCCCUACUAGCACGACAUCAUGUUUGACCCUCCCCCUUGUGGUUGGGUAUCAUGGUACCUGGUGCUUGAGCACCCUUGGAUGAUGUCUUGCAUGACCCCCCUGGAUGAUGUCAUGUUUGACCCCCUUAUGAUUGGGUCUCCAUACUUAACAAAUUUUUAUGUCUUUUGAUAUCAAGUCUGUCUUGUCGACUUGAUACCCUCUUGGUGUCUUGGUACCAGGCCAACCUGCCUUGCCGGAUUGGUACCCUCUUGGUGAUUUGGGUUUGGUAUUUAGCCAAUUUUUCCAUACUUGUACCCUGUCGUUUGGCCCCCUGUUGCUAUGGUUGGUAUGACACCCUGUCGUAUGGCCCCCUGGUGCCAUAGGAUUCCAUACUUAGCCAAAUUUCAUGUCUGGGUACCUGGUCUAUCACCCUCUUGACUUAAGACUUAGCCAAAUUUCAUAUUUGGGUAAAUGGAAAAUUUCAUAGCAAGGGGGUGGAGGCAUUGUCUGGGCCAACCGCUAGGGCAUGGAUAGGGGGCUUGGCCACUUAGGCCAAAAAACCUAAUAAGGCCCAGCUAGGUCAUUUAAGGAUUAAUGUUGAGCUGACCUUAUAAAUCCAUUAAAUCUCUUAUAAUUAAUCGUUAUGUUAUGAGAUUAAUUUUUAGGUGUAAACAACAACAACAAGCUUCGAGAAAUACAGUCCAUGUCUUUGCCACUUUCACUAGUGACUAGUGUGUGGAAAGUAAUUUACUCGUCAAGUUAUACUGGAUUAAUAGAUACUAGGUAGAUUC